CUGUGUUGAUAUUAUUAAGCGAAUAACUGAUAAAAUGCAGCUAGUUUGUACCGGGCCGGCUGUCACUAUAUACAAGAUACACAAUAGUGUGGACGUGUUAGUAAAACAAUGACACAUUUAGAUUGACGGAUAACUAAACGGAAUUUUCGUGACGUAGCCACAUGGAGACGCGGCACAGACCUGGUCACGGGCCGGAAGUUCCGGUGAUAAGGGUAGAGGCAGAGGGAUAUGACGACAAGAAGACUGACCGAAAACGACAUACGGACAGGUUUCAUUGGGACAUUUGGCUGUUCUUGGCACUGGACAACUGGAUAUUUGAUUUCGGCAGACCGAUAGCUGCAUUGUUCGUGCCCCUGGAAUGGUCGCCCCUCAACAAGCCAAGUAUCGGGGACUACUUCCACAUGGCCUACAACGUCAUCACACCCUUCUGUCUCCUCAAGUUACUGGACCGUUGCCCACGAAAGCCCUCGUCUACGCUGGUGUACCUGUCCAUUAUCACGUUCGUGAUGGGCGCCAGUAUUCACCUGGUGGGUGACAGCGUCGACCACCGCCUCGUCCACCUUGGCUACCAGCUUCACCUGUCCGUCAGGGACAACCCCAUCAUGCAGCGCCUCCAGCCGCCUCAGCUGAUCGACUCGUUUGAGCUUUUGUACUCCUACGAUGAGGAGAUAGGGCAUUUAAUGUGGUACAUCCCAUUUUUUAUCAGCCUCGUUUUGUACUUUGUCGGCUGCUUCAAAUCCAAGCAUGACGCCACACGCACGCGCUCCGGAGUCACGUGGUGGUUGUUGAUGCUCGUGAGCGCCGUGUACUACUGGUAUUUAGUGACAGAAGGUCAGAUAUUCAGCGUUUAUGCCCUGACCUGUGCCGCCAUGUGUAUGACUGUCAUCGUGCAGAGGUCACGUGGUAAUGUCUUGGACAUCAAUGGCCGCUUUCUGUUGUACACGUUUGCGACCACAAUGGCGCUGACGGCAGCUUGGGUGGCGUUUUUGUGGUCAGAUCCGGUGCUCAGGGCGAAAUAUCCAGGCUUGAUAUACGUACCGGAACCCUGGUCGUAUUACACGCUUCACGUCAAAAAGUAGUGCAAUAUUUAUAUAUCAUGUUUAUUUUCCAGGGGCCAUGUUUAUCAGUUGUGUUUUAGUAGGUAAUUUAUUUGAUGCACUUCAGUUUCAUGGUGACGUUUUAAAUUAAUUCAUAAAAUUAAGUGUUUAUUUCUUAAGUGUGUAACAUCCACUGAAUAAACAUUCAUUAUUUUC